CCUGACGUUGAUUCUUUUGCAUGGUAAAAUACCGUGAAAAAAACUGACAACGCUAUCUGAUAAGGUGUUCCUCUUCUAAGGUCUGCACAGUCAACACCCCGCGACUACAUGUAUGUCGGCGAAGAACGAAGAAGUUAUAUAAUCUGCAGAAGAAAAAGAACCCUUCAACUUCAAUUCUCCAGUUCUGGUGAUAAAGAAAUUGAAAUUGACACAAAGAAGCAGCCAGGACUAAUAACGCCACUGUUAGGGUUCGACUGAGUCACCGCAUGGUCCUGGGAGUGUCGGCCACUUGAUUGAUUGAUUAGGAAAUGUCUUCUGAUAGUGCAAAGGAAAAUGCAUCAGUUGUUGAUUCAUCGGUGUCUGAGUGGAAGUUGGGCAUUGGAAAUUCAGACGAUCCAGAGAGCUCGAGUUACAAGCCUAAUGAGGUUGGUGAUCCAACUAGAGCAGAUAAAGUGGAAUAUUCUUGUCAUCAUAUAGGAGAUCAAAAUGGAAUUGAAAUGCAAAAAUUAUAUAAUGCAAGAUAUUUUAUCAUUAAAAGUUUAAACCACCAUAAUAUCCGUUUGUCAGUAGAGAAAGGAGUUUGGGCUACUCAAAUCAUGAAUGAACCAAUUCUGGAAGAAGCCUUUCAUAAUUCAGCUAAAGUGAUCCUUAUAUUUAGUGUCAACAUGAGUGGAUACUUCCAAGGGUAUGCACAAAUGAUGUCUUCUAUUGGGUGGAAGAGAGACAAUGUUUGGAGUGAAGGAAGUGGUAAAGGUAAUCCCUGGGGUUGCAGUUUUAGGGUCAAAUGGCUGCGGUUAAAUGACUUACCUUUUCAUAAGACUCUUCAUCUCAAGAAUCCAUUGAAUGACUAUAAACCUGUCAAAAUUAGCAGAGAUUGCCAGGAGUUAACUACAGAUAUUGGUCAAGCUCUUUGUGAGCUUCUUGAUGGGAAGAAUAAUGUAGAUGCCAUGCGGAGCAGUUCAUCGUUGGAUGGUUUUGCUUUGAAGGGACAUUCUGGGAAUGUUGAAAGUUUCAUGGGAAAUAAAGAUUGUAACUUUUACCCACUGCAUAUGCCAUGGUCAAUGCCCAUGGCUUAUCCUUCAUUGCUUUGCCCUAAUCAAGCUGAAGAAAAUAGAUCUCUGCCAGCAAACGAGAGAUUCAAUGUGACAACUUCCAGUGAAACAUUUCCUUUCUCUUCUGGAUCGUCAAAAGUUGCAGGAACCAAACGCCCUUAUUUUAGUGCAAAUAUUCCUAAGCUACAAGUGGACAAGGUUGUGGCUUCUCAAUAUGAUGGUUGGGGUUUCUCUGCAGAAAGCCCUCUAGCUAGUACCCUAACCGAGGAUGAUUUUCUUGAGAUGUCCUAUGAAGAAUACCUGGAGGUCCAUUGCAGAUGUAGGAAGCAUUUUUGCUUCAAUGCAACGACUUCAUCUCAGACCCAGCCGGAGAUGCUGAGAAGUAGAUCAGACGUCAAUGAUAGGAAGUCAGAGUUCUUAAUGGAACGUAGUAGCAGCUGUCAUAAGAGGAUUCAUCAGUAAGGUGGGCAAUUUCCACAAGCUAUUAACCUCAAGAAGGAAGUUAAUUGUAAUUAAUCUGAAAAUUAGGACUUUGAUGUUGUACCUCACGUAUGAUACAGUAUGUGAGCCAUUGUAAUGCGUAAUCGAGGCAUGCUUAUCGUUUUGUACGGAUUUUGGAUUGGCCAAGUUGCUUCUCAUGUGUAUAUGUACGUGUAAUAUUGCUCACUCCACUUGUCCCUGUAAUGUGAUGGGCGGAGAUGCUCCAUUCAGAUUUAUUGAGAGCAUGAAAUUUCGAA